CUUCCAUAUCUCUCUCUCCUUCUCCAUAUCUCUACCUUCCAUAUCUCUCUCUCCUUCUCCAUAUCUCUACCUUCCAUAUCUCUCUCUCCCUUCCAUAUCUCUACCUUCCAUAUCUCUCUCUCCCUUCCAUAUCUCUCUCUCCCUUCCAUAUCUCUCUCUCCCUUCCAUAUCUCUACCUUCCAUAUCUCUCUCUCCCUUCCAUAUCUCUCUCUCCCUUCCAUAUCUCUCUCUCCCUUCCAUAUCUCUACCUUCCAUAUCUCUCUCUCCCUCCAUAUCUCUACCUUCCAUAUCUCUACCUUCCAUAUCUCUCUCUCCCUUCCAUAUCUCUACCUUCCAUAUCUCUACCUUCCAUAUCUCUCUCUCCUUCCCAUAUCUCUCUCUCCCUUCCAUAUCUCUCUCUCCCUUCCAUAUCUCCCUCUCUCCAUAUCUCUCUCUCCUUCCCAUAUCUCUCUCUCCCUCCCAUAUCUCUCUCUCCCUCCCAUAUCUCUCCCUUCCAUAUCUCUCUCUCCUUCUCCAUAUCUCUCCCUCCCAUAUCUCUCUCUCCCUUCCAUAUCUCUCUCUCCUUCCCAUAUCUCUCUCUCCCUUCCAUAUCUCUCUCUCCCUUCCAUAUCUCCCUCUCUCCAUAUCUCUCUCUCCUUCCCAUAUCUCUCUCUCCUUCCCAUAUCUCUCUCUCCCUUCCAUAUCUCUCUCUCCCUUCCAUAUCUCUCUCUCCAUAUCUCUCCCUCCCAUAUCUCUCUCUCCCUCCCAUAUCUCUCUCUCCCUCCCAUAUCUCUCUCUCUCCAUCUCUCUCUCUCCAUAUCUCUCUCUCCAUAUCUCUCUCUCCAUAUCUCUCCCUUCCAUAUCUCUCUCUCCAUAUCUCCUUCUCCAUAUCUCUCUCUCCAUAUCUCUCUCUCCAUAUCUCUCUCUCCAUAUCUCUCUCUCCAAAUCUCUCUCUCCUUCUCCAUAUCUCUCCCUCCCAUAUCUCUCUCUCCCUUCCAUAUCUCUCUCUCCUUCCCGUAUCUCUCCCUUCCAUAUCUCUCCCUCUCUCUUCCUACUUCUACUCCUCUCCUUCCCUACAGACUAUGAACACUGAACUAAAGAAACGAGAUGUUAAGACCUGUCUACCUACAGACUAUGAACACUGAACUAAAGAAACGAGAUGUUAAGACCUGUCUACCUACAGACUAUGAACACUGAACUAAAGAAACGAGACAUAAUGACCUGUCUACCUACAGACUAUGAACACUGAACUAAAGAAACGAGACAUAAUGACCUGUCUACCUACAGGCUAUGAACACUGAACUAAAGAAACGAGAUGUUAAGACCUGUCUACCUACAGGCUAUGAACACUGAACUAAAGAAACGAGAUGUUAAGACCUGUCUACCUACAGACUAUGAACACUGAACUAAAGAAACGAGAUGUUAAGACCUGUCUACCUACAGGCUAUGAACACUGAACUAAAGAAACGAGAUGUUAAGAACUGUCUACCUACAGGCUAUGAAAACUGAACUAAAGAAACGAGAUGUUAAGACCUGUCUACCUACAGGCUAUGAACACUGAACUAAAGAAACGAGCCGAUCGAUGGUAAUAGUAGUUUCUCCUCUGAUUUCAAUAAUCAAGGAUCAGGUUCGUGUUCUGAACUCUCAAGGAAUCGCUGCCGCCUACCGGAUCAAAGUGAGAUGGAGGAACUCCUGAAACUUUUGUUGGCUCAGAGAAAUGCUGAUGCCUACUUCAAACAUCAUUGUUCCGCGAGCGUCUCAUUGGAAUGGAUGUUGCUGAGGUCCACAACGUGGGUCAGUGGCAGCCAAACAGGCGAGCCAAGUGAUGUAGAUCCAUCAUGGCGUCCCGGGGAUCCGAAGUGAUGCAGUUGCGUAAUGACGCAGGUCAAAAGCUGCCGCUGGGGGACGCGCCGGGGCGGACGGCUGAGCUGUGGUUGGUUGGUUCGGGCAGCAGCUCGUCGUUACGAACAAGCUGUAGCAACGCUGUAGCAACGCAGUAUAGUAUCGACCGGACAGGCUGAGAACAGCACGAUUCUUCAAACCUAGAGAAAUGAUGGCGGUGAAUGUAUUCUCCAUCUCUUCGGCUCUGGAGAACCUGAGUCGUCAUGAGAUGCUGUCCUGGGUCAAUGACUCUCUACGGCUCACCUACACCAAGAUAGAGCAGCUGUGUUCAGGUGCAGUGUAUUGUCAGUUCAUGGACGUGCUGUUCCCUGGCUCUGUCCUGCUGAAGAAGGUAAAGUUCGCAGCCCGGUUGGAACAUGAGUUUAUCAACAACUUCAAGGUCCUACAGGCCUCCUUCAAGAGAAUGGGCGUAGACAAGAUCAUCCCAGUAGAGAGGCUGGUGAAGGGGAGGUUCCAGGAUAACUUUGAGUUCAUCCAGUGGUUUAAGAAGUUUUUUGAUGCCAACUACGACGGGAAGGAGUAUGACCCUGUGACCACACGCCAGGAGGGCACCCCCUCACCCAACCCAGGCCCCCAGAGGACGUCUCCCACGGCGACCAAGACAUUCCACGCCCCCCCGAGGCAGAUACAGUCCGCCCCCAUCCGCAGGGCGACGCCCACCAGAGCAUCAGACGCUGAGAUACUAGAACUGAACCAGCAGAUGUUGGACCUGAAGUUGACAGUGGAUGGUCUUGAGAAGGAGAGAGAUUUCUACUUCAGUAAGCUGAGAGACAUCGAGCUGAUCUGUCAGGAGAAUGAGACCAACACCAGCCCAACACUCUCCAAGAUCAUGGAUAUACUGUACGCUACUGAGGCGAGGUUGACCUUCUCAGCCAACUUACCUGAUCAAUAAAGGAUGGCUUUGUGGGGGCAGCGGAUGAGGAGGCGCCACGUGGAACAUUCCUCCGCUCUCUCCCAGGAUCAGCGCUUCAAGAUUCUCAUCUCCUACUCCUAUUUUAUUACUCUCCUUCUCAGCCUCCUCCCUCUUCCUCCCGUCCCUCAUUUUCCCUUGUUCCCCCUCCCUCCUCCUCCCCUCCAACUCCUCAGACAUGUCAGGCUAACGCUGUACACUUCAUCUGUAUGGUUGGUGUUAGCAGGAUGCUAGGCUAAUGGCUAAUGUAAAUUAGAUGACAGAGUAGCACAGAGCAUGGAUCUAUAGCGCCCUCUAUCUGUAGAGACAGGUAACAAACUCACUAAUCUCUGAACCCAUAAAAAUCUGUCAUGAUUGUCUCGGAUGAGGGGAGACUAAACUCCCUCCACAGACUCGCUGGUCCAGUACCAUGUACAUAUGAUCCGGGAGAUGGUUGAAGAAUCACUUCGGAAUUGGACGUCGGGAAAUGCCUUCAGAACCGGCCACUGGGGCAACAGCGAGCGUUAUGACCCUCCAGUAGACUUGGGUUUUACCAUGGCAUUGAGGACAAGGGUGGUAGAUGGGGGUGGUUAACUAACUAAACGUAACCCUUCAUUUAAACAUGUUGACAUUUGGAGCAAUGGGACAACAGCAGAGUGUCCAAAACACUGAACUUUGACAUUUGGAUAAACGUGGAUGAAUGACUAGUUCUGCAGUGAGACAGCUUGUUGCAUAUGAUAUCAUAUGACAUAUCAGUCCCUGCAUUAACAAUAUGGACCAGUACCAGUUGACCAGAACCAUCUCAGUCCAUUAGGACUCAACAUAAUUCAUAUCAAGUCACCCCGUCGCUUCAAUUGCAGAAACAAAAAAAACUAUCAGAAUGAUCCAGAAACCAACAAUGCAGUGUGAUUAGCUGAGGCCAGCAGAGACAGGAAGCAGAGAGACAGGAAGCAGAGAGACAGGAAGCAGAGAGACAGGUCUGUUCAGUAGGGAGCAACAUCCCAGGACAUUCAGAUAGAACCUCCACAUUCUGCAGGUUUUAAAAUGACCCCUGGUUCUAUUUUUGAUUUAAAUGAGUUAUUUAACGUUACUAAUUUAACAUUAGCUUGGAGUGGCUAACAGGUUAAUGUGAAUCUAUUACCCUGAGAAAGUUUAAUAAAAUGUAUAUGAACAAACACUACUACACUGUAUAUACUAAUGGGUGAGUAUUGAGUAUUGAUUAUUAAUGAAUUGAUUUGAAGUGUUUUUUUUAGCAGCUGUUUUUUGAUUUGGAGUUUCUUCUUGUUGGGGGCGGGGUUUAAGUGACUGACAGCUGUCAGCCCCCGGUUGUCAUGGCAGCCCUGUGACUAAGUUUUAUUACGGAAUAAACAGUGGGUUCAAAACCAGAAAGAAA